CUGGUUCCUAUGGGACGGACAUGUAUUGUUCCAGUCUGUGGUAUUCUGUUUCCUAUGGGACGGACAUGUAUUGUUCCAGCCUGAGGUAUUCUGGUUCCUAUGGGACGGACAUAUAUUGUUCCAGUCUGUGAUGGUUCCUAUGGGACGGACAUGUAUUGUUCCAGUCUGCGAUGGUUCCUAUGGGACGGACAUGUAUUGUUCCAGCCUGGGGUAUUCUGGUUCCUAUGGGACGGACAUGUAUUGUUCCAGUCUGCGAUGGUUCCUAUGGGACGGACAUGUAUUGUUCCAGCCUGGGGUAUUCUGGUUCCUAUGGGACGGACAUGUAUUGUUCCAGUCUGCAAUGGUUCCUAUGGGACGGACAUGUAUUGUUCCAGUCUGUGAUGGUUCCUAUGGGACGGACAUAUAUUGUUCCAGUCUGCAAUGGUUCCUAUGGGACGGACAUGUAUUGUUCCAGCCUGUGAUGUUCUGGUUCCUAUGGGACGGACAUGUAUUGUUCCAGUCUGCGAUGGUUCCUAUGGGACGGACAUGUAUUGUUCCAGUCUGUGGUAUUCUGUUUCCUAUGGGACGGACAUGUAUUGUUCCAGCCUGGGGUAUUCUGGUUCCUAUGGGACGGACAUAUAUUGUUCCAGUCUGUGAUGGUUCCUAUGGGACGGACAUGUAUUGUUCCAGUCUGUGAUGGUUCCUAUGGGACGGACAUGUAUUGUUCCAGUCUGCGAUGGUUCCUAUGGGACGGACAUGUAUUGUUCCAGCCUGGGGUAUUCUGGUUCCUAUGGGACGGACAUAUAUUGUUCCAGUCUGUGAUGGUUCCUAUGGGACGGACAUAUAUUGUUCCAGUCUGUGAUGGUUCCUAUGGGACGGACAUGUAUUGUUCCAGUCUGCGAUGGUUCCUAUGGGACGGACAUGUAUUGUUCCAGUCUGUGAUGGUUCCUAUGGGACGGACAUGUAUUGUUCCAGUCUGUGAUGGUUCCUAUGGGACGGACAUGUAUUGUUCCAGCCUGCGAUGUUCUGGUUCCUAUGGGACGGACAUGUAUUGUUACAGCCUGGGGUAUGCUGGUUCCUAUGGGACGGACAUGUAUUGUUCCAGUCUGCGAUGGUUCCUAUGGGACGGACAUGUAUUGUUCCAGCCUGGGGUAUUCUGGUUCCUAUGGGACGGACAUAUAUUGUUCCAGUCUGUGAUGGUUCCUAUGGGACGGACAUGUAUUGUUCCAGUCUGUGAUGGUUCCUAUGGGACGGACAUGUAUUGUUCCAGUCUGCGAUGGUUCCUAUGGGACGGACAUGUAUUGUUACAGCCUGGGGUAUGCUGGUUCCUAUGGGACGGACAUGUAUUGUUCUUAUACUUAUUAUUACAUGUAAGAUAUACCCUAAGAUAUACCCGAUAUGUAUACAUAUACUUAAACACUGGAUGUUCAGUACUGAGAGCUGUUUUCCAUUGUAUGUUCAGUUCUGGGAGCUGUUUUCUACUGGAUGUUCAGUUCUGAGAGCUGUUUUCCAUUGUAUGUUCAGUUCUGGGAGUUGUUUUCAAUUGGAUGUUCAGUACUGAGAGCUGUUUUCCAUUGGGCGUUCAGUUCUGAGAGCUGUUUUCUACUGGAUGUUCAGUUCUGAGAGCUGUUUUCAAUAGGAUGUUCAGUACUGAGAGCUGUUUUCCAUUGGGCGUUCAGUUCUGAGAGCCGUUUUCUACUGGAUGUUCAGUUCUGAGAGCUGUUUUCCACUGGAUGUUCAGUACUGAGAGCUGUUUUCCACUGGAUGUUCAGUUCUGAGAGCUGUUUUCUACUGGAUGUUCAGUUCUGAGAGCUGUUUUCCACUGGAUGUUCAGUUCUGGGAGCUGUUUCCACUGGAUGUUCAGUUCUGGGAGCUAUUUCCACUGGAUGUUCAGUUCUGAGAGCUGUUUUCCAUUGUAUGUUCAGUUCUGGGAGCUGUUUUCUACUGGAUGUUCAGUUCUGAGAGCUGUUUUCCAUUGUAUGUUCAGUUCUGGGAGUUGUUUUCAAUUGGAUGUUCAGUACUGAGAGCUGUUUUCCAUUGGGCGUUCAGUUCUGAGAGCUGUUUUCUACUGGAUGUUCAGUUCUGAGAGCUGUUUUCAAUAGGAUGUUCAGUACUGAGAGCUGUUUUCCAUUGGGCGUUCAGUUCUGAGAGCCGUUUUCUACUGGAUGUUCAGUUCUGAGAGCUGUUUUCCACUGGAUGUUCAGUACUGAGAGCUGUUUUCCACUGGAUGUUCAGUUCUGAGAGCUGUUUUCUACUGGAUGUUCAGUUCUGAGAGCUGUUUUCCACUGGAUGUUCAGUUCUGGGAGCUGUUUCCACUGGAUGUUCAGUUCUGGGAGCUAUUUCCACUGGAUGUUCAGUUCUGAGAGCUGUUUUUCAUUGGAUGUUCAGUUCUGAGAGCUGUUUUCCACUGGAUGUUCAGUUCUGAGAGCUGUUUUUCAUUGGAUGUUCAGUUCUGAGAGCUGUUUUUCAUUGGAUAUUCAGUUCUGAGAGCUGUUUUUCAAUAGGAUGUUCAGUACUGAGAGCUGUUUUCCAUUGGAUGUUCAGUUCUGAGAGCUGUUUUUUAUUGGAUGUUCAGUUCUGAGAGCUGUUUUCUACUGGAUGUUCAGUUCUGAGAGCUGUUUUCUACUGGAUGUUCAGUUCUGGGAGCUGUUUUCCACUGGAUGUUCAGUACUGGGAGCUGUUUUCUACUGGAUGUUCAGUACUGUGAGCUGUUUUCCAUUGGAUGUUCAGUUCUGAGAGCUGUUUUCCAUUGGAUGUUCAGUUCUGAGAGCUGUUUUCCACCGGAUGUUCAGUUCUGAGAGCUGUUUUCCAUUGGAUGUUCAGUUCUGGGAGCUGUUUUCCACUGGAUGUUCAGUUCUGAGAGCUGUUUUCCACCGGAUGUUCAGUUCUGAGAGCUGUUUUCCACCGGAUGUUCAGUUCUGAGAGCUGUUUUCUACUGGAUGUUCAGUUCUGAGAGCUUUUUUCCAUUGGAUGUUCAGUUCUGAGAGCUGUUUUCCAUUGGAUGUUCAGUUCUCGGAGCUGUUUUCCACUGGAUGUUCAGUUCUGAGAGCUGUUUUCCACUGGAUGUUCAGUUCUGAGAGCUGUUUUCCACUGGAUGUUCAGUUCUCGGAGCUGUUUUCUACUGGAUGUUCAGUUCUCGGAGCUGUUUUUAUGUCAAUCUGUUGUUUAUAUAUAUAUACAAUGUAUACAUAUGUGUGUGCCAUUAAUUGUCAGAACACUUAAAUCAAUGAAUAUAGAUAAUAAAGACAUUUAAAUUCAUACUAUAUUUAACACUUCCAACAAUUUUAGAGAAUGAAAAAAAUUAGUGUUUCACUGUGAUUAAAGCUUGUAUCAUGUUAGUUGUGCAUGUGAAGACAGUAAGACUCCGCGUGGAUAUUUACUAGUAUGACCAAAGACAGCUAUAGCUGGAUGCAUUACUAAAUUAUUAUAUACAAUAAUGUAUUUAGAUAUUUUUAAUUUUGAUGUAUUUUUGAACUUAAGGAGCAUUUCAGUCUUAAAAGUUGGUUAUAUAUAAUUAAUGUGACUGUAUAUUUACGGGUAGCGGCAUGCAUUAGAUUGUUCUAUUUUCUCUCCUCUCUGUACACUGGCUAAUGUGGAUAACAUGGAGCUACCUUUCCUAUUUGGUUAUAUAAAGUGUCAUCCAGUUUGAGAUUUUUCAUAAUUCUCACUAGGAAAUGUAAACUCCAUGUUUUUAUCACUGCUAUUCCUAGGUAUACUGAUACCAUGUUUUUAUCACUGCUAGUCCUAGGUAUACUGAUACCAUGUUUUUAUCACUGCUAUUCCUAGGUAUACUAGGAGAGAGGCCAAUCACUAGGUGUAUUUGGGUAGGAAGAAAACACUAUACACAGUCAUUACCUUAUAGAAAACAUGUAUACAUGUAAUUAUUUAUCAUAUUCAGAGGAAUAUUAACGUCAUCAAAUCAUAAGGUUAAUGUUUUCCAAUGGUGUAACAGUUUAUAUUCUAAAGGAUCUGACCAAUCAAACCAACUUACUGAAGUCAACUGAACUGAAUGGCAUAAUAGUAACAUUGUCAAUUUGAUAUGGGCUUAUUUAUGUGGAACUUGAUUUAUAUGGAAACUAAUUACAUCAAUUCAGAGUUUUGUAAAAUAUGCUCCCUGUAUAGAGGACAUCUCUGGUAGAUAAUCCUUCUUUACUGCUGCAGAGUUGUGUUUAAAUUAAUUGAACAGAAACAAAACCUGUGUUGAAUUAUGUGUUAAUUGAAGGUUUAUUCUCGGAUAUUUGCCGCCCUUGCCAUGGAAGGUGAGGAUUGUACCGUCCCUCAUCCCUUGUCAUGACUGUAAUGUUAUAGAGCUUCUCUUCCUUCGUUACGGACAGGUAUUUGUGUCAUUAUAUCAAUCUUUCUGUAACAUUUGAGACAUAAUAUUUUGCUCCAUGAUCCUUAUCUCGAGGGAUCAGGCAUGUUAUCUGGUGUGUGGUUAUGGAGGGUAAAACUAGAGAUUACACUAACACUUGUCAGAAGGUACAUGACCAAGUGUAUCGGUUUUGUAGAUACAGUUUCAUUUUCGUGUAUCUGUCAAUUCCCUUGGCCAUGUACAUUUGUAGGUAAGACUUUCAUAUAAGUAGGCCAUGUUAUAUAAGUAGGCCAUGUUAUAUAAGUAGGCUAUGUUAUAUAAGUAGGUCAAGUUAUAUAAGUAGGUCAAGUUAUAUAAGUAUGUCAAGUUAUAUAAGUAGGCUGUGUUAUAUAAGUAUGUCAAGUUAUAUAAGUAGGUAAAGUUAUAUAAGUAUGUCAAGUUAUAUAAGUAGGCCAUGUUAUAUAAGUAGGCCAUGUUAUAUAAGUAGGCUAUGUUAUAUAAGUAGGCCAUGUUAUAUAAGUAGGUCAUGUUAUAUAAGUAGGCCAUGUUAUAUAAGUAGGCUAUGUUAUAUAAGUAGGCUAUGUUAUAUAAGUAGGUCAAGUUAUAUAAGUAGGUCAAGUUAUAUAAGUAUGUCAAGUUAUAUAAGUAGGCUGUGUUAUAUAAGUAUGUCAAGUUAUAUAAGUAGGUAAAGUUAUAUAAGUAUGUCAAGUUAUAUAAGUAGGCUAUGUUAUAUAAGUAGGCCAUGUUAUAUAAGUAGGUCAAGUUAUAUAAGUAGGCUGUGUUAUAUAAGUAGGCCAUGUUAUAUAAGUAGGUCAAGUUAUAUAAGUAUGUCAAGUUAUAUAAGUAGGCUGUGUUAUAUAAGUAGGCCAUGUUAUAUAAGUAGGUCAAGUUAUAUAAGUAGGCUGUGUUAUAUAAGUAGGCCAUGUUAUAUAAGUAGGUCAAGUUAUAUAAGUAGGCUAUGUUAUAUAAGUAGGCCAUGUUAUAUAAGUAGGUCAAGUUAUAUAAGUAGGCUAUGUUAUAUAAGUAGGCUGUGUUAUAUAAGUAGGCUAUGUUAUAUAAGUAGGUCAAGUUAUAUAAGUAGGCUGUGUUAUAUAAGUAGGUCAAGUUAUAUAAGUAGGCUGUGUUAUAUAAGUAGGCUGUGUUAUAUAAAUAGGUCAAGUUGUAUAAGUAGGCUGUGUUAUAUAAGUAGGUAAAGUUAUAUAAGUAUGUCAAGUUAUAUAAGUAGGCUAUGUUAUAUAAGUAGGCCAUGUUAUAUAAGUAGGUCAAGUUAUAUAAGUAGGCUAUGUUAUAUAAGUAGGUCAAGUUAUAUAAGUAGGCUGUGUUAUAUAAGUAGGCUGUGUUAUAUAAGUAGGCUGUGUUAUAUAAGUAGGCUAUGUUAUAUAAGUAGGCCAUGUUAUAUAAGUAGGUCAAGUUAUAUAAGUAGGCUAUGUUAUAUAAGUAGGUCAAGUUAUAUAAGUAGGCUGUGUUAUAUAAGUAGGCUGUGUUAUAUAAGUAGGCUGUGUUAUAUAAGUAGGCUAUACAUUAUAA